AUGUCGACGUCCUCGGCGGCGAAUCACUUGUGCCCUCCGGCUGUAGCGGCUGCCUCCGCCACCGUCCCCGACCAGGCAUCUCCAUGGCCAUGGGCGUCCCUCCACGCGGAUCUGGUUCGCCUGGUCGGCUGGCGAGUGCUGGCGGGAGAUCUGCUCGACUAUGUCCGCUUCCGCGCAGUCUGCACACACUGGCGUUUCAGCACCGUCUGUCCCCGUGGCCGUGGCAUCGUGGAUCCGCGUUUUCACCCAGGCCGAUGGAUGGUGCUGCCCGAGGGACAUGGAUUACACCCCGACGACAAGGCCAAGAGACGCCUAUUCAGCCUCUCCACCGGAGUAUCCGUUUGCCCUCGACUUCCUGAGGAUUAUUGCAUCCUCGACUCGGUCAUCCUCGACUCGGUCAACGGGAUCCUCCUACUGCAGCGGCGGCAGCAACAACACGAUCAAGGUAGCAUUCGUCUUUUCAACCCCUUCACCGGCGACAUUGGGGAGCUCCCGCCGCUCGGGUCCGUCGUGUCAGACUCGAAACUCCACUUGAGUUUCGAUGAGAUAUCUAGUCAUGUGGUACCUGGCGGCGUGGUCACCUCCUUGAUCGUGAGCUCAGAUGGCGCCGCCGCAGUCAUGAUUUGGCUUGUAGAAUUAUCACGCGUCAUCUUUGCUACCACCAAGGACAGGCAAUGGAGUCAGUCAACCCGAAUGUUCAUUAGGACCAGGAGGCCGAUAUCAUUCCAAGGAAAAUUAUACAUCUUAUGUUAUGACCCACCUAGCCAUGCACUACAAGUUCUCCAAAUGGGCCCACCUGUGUAUGAGCAUGGGACAACCUUGGGGUUAGGUUCAUCUUUCUUGCCGACAUCAAAGUUGAUUGCCACAUGUCCAACGAUAAAAAUGUCCGACGGUAUUGGCCUAGCAGAAUGUGACUCCGAGAUUUUGGUCAUAGCCUACAAAGAUUCUACACACACGCAUAUGGUGGUUUAUAGAGUACCUGAUCUUAUGCUCGGCAAGGUUAUCCCGGUGACAGACAUCGGAAGCAAAUCUGUCUUCUUUGAUACCAAAACAAGUAUGCAAACUGCAAACAGUGGGGUUAUUCCUACAAUCGCGAGUGACACCAUUGUACUUCGUCGGCAUCACGAGAGAUGUCACCCUUGGCAGUACCACCUUGAUAGCGGCACGUGGUCGCCAACAACACACCCCAUGAGCCAGUGUGGCUUUAUUUGCCAUAUAUACGACUGUUGUGGUUGUACACUGCGCCCUCGGGCCGGCUGGACUGUCAGGAGUAGUAUGACCAAAGGAUCGAAGCAGCUGUAG